AUGCCAAACCAAUCACAAACAGACGAUCCCCCGUGCGUGGUUGGGAUGGCCUGCAGAGUCCCAGGGGCCUCGAGCCCGUCACAGCUCUGGGACAAUAUCGUCAAUAAGAAAGACUUCCAGAGGAAGAUGCCUGCGGACCGUUUCAACGUGGAUGCGUUCUACCAUCCGGACGGAACGCACAAGGGAACUACAAACGCAAAAUAUGGUUACUUUCUGGAUCAAGAUCUGGGAUUGUUCGACGCCGGAUUCUUCAAUAUUUCGGGGAAAGAAGCAGAGGCCAUGGACCCCCAGCAGCGGCUCUUGUUGGAGGUUGUUUAUGAAGCUUUGGAAAAUGCUGGAAUCACGCUGGAUGAGAUCCACGGCUCACUCACCUCCGUCUACUGCGGCUGCUUCACAAACGACUACAACGCAAUGACGACCAAAGACCUCGAGUACUAUCCCAAGUACACCGUAACCGGCACAGGGAACUCCAUUCUCGCAAACCGAAUAUCCUACUUUUACAACCUCCACGGACCCAGCGCCACGAUCGACACAGCCUGCUCAUCCUCGCUGGUCUGCUUCCACCUAGGCGCGCAGUCCCUCCGCAACGCAGAGGCAGACAUCUCCAUUGUCGUCGGGUCUGCUCUGCACUUUGACCCGAACAUCUUCAUCACAAUGACAGAUCUGGGCAUGCUAUCUACAGAUGGCCGCUGCCGCCACGGCGACGCUGCAGGCAGUGGCUAUGUCCGUGGCGAAGGUAUCGCUGCAAUGAUCCUCAAGCGCCAGAGUCGCGCACAGGCAGACGGCGACAGCAUCCGGGCUGUUGUGCGUGGAACUGGAGUUAACCAUGAUGGCCGCAAGCAGGGAAUCACCCUCCCCUCUGCGCGUGCUCAGGCGGACUUGGUCAAGAGUACUUAUGAAAGAGCUGGACUGGAGCCAGCGGAUACGAGCUACGUCGAAUGUCACGGUACAGGCACAAAGGCCGGAGACCCGAGAGAGCUCAGGGCUAUCCAUGAGACAUUCUCCGCUGAUCGUCUGGAUACGCUGUAUGUUGGCUCUGUGAAGACGAAUAUCGGGCAUCUGGAAGGCGCGUCUGGGGUUGCGGGUUUGAUUAAGGCGACGAUGGCGCUGGAGAGGAAAGUCAUUCCGCCAAAUAUGCACUUUUCGACACCGAAUCCUGAAGUGGACUUUGAGCAGUGGAAGCUCGAGAUCCCAACGCAGUCGAAGCAGUGGGAUGUGCUGGGGGGUGUUCCUCGUCGGGCCUCGAUCAACUCGUUUGGAUAUGGGGGGACCAAUGCCCAUGUUAUUCUGGAAGAGUACAAUACGGAACAAUCUUUGUCUAUCUCGUCUAGCCUGCCACUCCCCGCUGAGCUGGCUGGAAUGGUCGUAAACAGACCAUAUCUGGUGCCGUUGACUUCGCAUUCGGAGCGAGCAGGAAAGCAAUGGGCAGAGACACUCACCACAUACCUCAAGAACAGCAAUGCCAGUGCGUGCGACAUUGGGUCUGCAUUAUCGUCCCGUCGCACAAUGCACCGAUUCCGGUCCUUCGCCAUAGCAUCCGACAUGGAAAAGCUGAUCGAGCGAAUCCAAGACCCGGUUCCAGGAUCAGGCUGGAAGGGAAAACUGGACAACGCGCCGCGGAUUGGCUUCGUAUUCACCGGCCAAGGAGCACAAUGGUUCGGCAUGGGACGCAGUCUCAUUGAGAAGUCUCCUCUGUUCCUACAAACUUUGCACAAAUGUGAUGCCGUCCUGCAGGCCCUGCCGUCCCAUCGUCCAAGCUGGUCCGUGGUAGAGGAACUGCUGAAGUCUCAGGAAGAUACCAUGCUAGGGCAAACGGAGUAUUCCCAGCCUAUCUGCACAGCUGUCCAGCUGGCUCUUGUCGAUGUUCUUGCGCAGUGGGGCGUGAAGCCCUCCGGCGUGGUCGGCCACAGCAGCGGUGAAUUGGCUGCCACGUACGCCGCGGGUCUCUUAUCCUUCGAGAAUGCCCUGGUCGCGGCAUACUACCGGGGCGUGCAUAUGGGAUCUGGUGCUGCGGCGUCGGGGUCUGUGCCUGGGGCGAUGAUGGCAGUUGGAAUGACGGAGGCAGAAGUUACAGCGGAGUUGGAGCCGUAUAGUGGUCGGAUUGCCGUUGCGGCUAUGAACAGUCCGUCGAGUUUCACGGUUUCUGGAGACGAAGAUGCAGUCGUUGAGCUGCAGCAGGUCCUUUCUGAGAGGAAGGUGUUUGCUCGACGGCUGCAGGUUGCGCAGGCCUUCCAUAGUCACCAUAUGUUCCCCCUGGCACCAGGAUACAAGGAGGCCCUUGCUGCCUACCCCGGUUUCAAGGCAAACAAGAACCGCACUGCCAUCAUGGUAUCCAGUGUGACAGGCCGACAUGCAGACCCAGCCACCCUAGGACCAGACUACCUGGCAGCAAACAUGACCGGAAUGGUGAAAUUUUCCGAUGCCCUAACUGAACUUGUCCUGGAUGAAGAGGACCAGCAGCGCAUCGACGUUCUCAUGGAACUCGGCCCUCAUCCAGCCCUGAAGGGACCUUCCAACCAGACACUGGAUCAGCUGAAGCUCAAGCUCCCAUAUCUCAGCACCCUCGACCGGAAGCAGGAUGCGUAUGAAAGUCUGCUAACCACUGCCGGCCAGUUGUUUGCUUUGGGAUACCCAGUCGAUCUUGAAAGUGUUAACCAGAAUCACUUCCUCGAUACGGCUGGCAGUGUGUUUAGUGUAGAGUCGCCGCGGUUGAAAAUUGACCUGCCAUCCUAUGCCUGGGACCACCACGAUCGCUACUGGGCGGAGACUCGACACAUCCGUGAGCACCGUCUGCGUCCAGCCCGCCAUGCUAUCCUAGGGGGACGAGUCCCUGGAUCGUUGGAGACCCGCCCUAGGUGGCGCAACUACCUCCGGUCCUCUGAGAUCCCCUGGCUUGUUGAUCACUGCAUCGAUGGGAAAGCUAUAUUCCCCGCUGCAGGGUAUAUCGCCAUGGCAAUCGAAGCAGCAGCUACUAUGACAGAUGGAAGCAUCUGUGCAUUCGAGCUUGCAGACAUAUCCGUGAAAUCGGCCCUCGUCAUCAGCGACAAAGACGCAGGAACAGAGACCAUCGUCGAGCUGGCCCCAGCAGUGGAGUCCGCCGAAACCUCCUCAUCCAUAUGGAAACAUUUUGUCGUCCUCUCCGUCGACGAAGCCGGGAACCAGCGCGAGCACUGCACGGGCAUGGUCCGAGUCGAAGCCGGCCCCCCAGCAGCUCUUCACAGCGCCAUGGGCUCCUCCUCGGCCGAUUCAAUCCGCCAGCAGAGCUUCCGCAGUACAGACCGCAUGCAGUAUUACCGCCGCCUGCAUUCAAUGGGGCUGCAGUAUGGAACGACCUUCCAGCUGGUGGACGGGAAUGUGGAAAGCGGAGAUGGAGUUGCCACUGCGCCGAUAUCUUGGACUCCUGGUGUGCACUCUCGCGAGGACAGCGAGAUCUGCAUUCUCCACCCGGCUUUACUAGAUUCCUGUCUUCAUCCUGUUUUUGCUGCAAUUGAGGGAAAGAUGGGCAGUGGCCUCAGCGCGCCGUAUGUUCCGACGUUCGUGCGCUCUCUGCGCGUAUCUGGUCUAUUAGAUGCGUGGAAGAGAGCGGAUUCAGGAUUCAAGUCGGAAGUAUCAGUUGAAACGAGCGCGCUUGGGCCGCGGACAGCUACUAAUGAUCUUCGUCUGCACGCGGAUGGGGAGCUGCUGCUGGAUAUACAGGGCCUCAAGCUGACGAGUCUUGGGUCCAGCGCGGCAGAUGAAACUAAACGGUCUCUGUUCUUUGGGACGCAGUGGAAGCCCAUGUUUACUGGGAUUGAACUGGCUCCUGAGGGAUACAAUCUGGUGAAACUUGUGGAGUUGUUUGUGCAUCAAUUUCCGAAUAGCACGAUUCUUCAUAUCACCUCGUCUGCGGAGAGUACGGAGCAUGUCCUGCCUGCCCUGAAGGGAGUUGCAGAUUCCGAGAGAAGGAAUAUUGCGCACUUGACCAUUCUGCCAGCCGGGGGUGUCCCUACAGAAGCCUUCAACGCCCUAGGGAAAGGAGAUGGAUUGGUUAGUGUCGUCGAAGACACAGAAGAUGUCUUUGACUUGGUCAUUGUGUCUGGAACGGAUAUGAACUCUCCGUCUAUACCUGAGCGAGUGGCCGAGAAUGGAUUCCUUAUCUCAGCUGCAAAUACACCGGCCAACAUGAGCAGCCUGUCUAUUCUUCAUUCGUCGUCAGAUCUGCAGAUAUGGCAGAACAAACAGACCUCGAGCAGCUACACCAACGGCCUCACGAUCGUGAUGCCACCGAGCCCUUCCCCAGAAACCCGAGAACUGGCAACUCUUAUCAAAUCCGGAAGGCAGGGCCCGACAUACGAAUGCGAAUUUCUGUCUCUCAUCGAAGGCUCCAAGGACUUGCGCGGCGAUAUCGUCUUUCUCGCUAGUCUCGACGCAAACCUCUUCUUCGAGCAUGAUUUCAGCCGCGAAGACACAUUCCAGGCUGCGCAGUCCUUACUGACUAGAGACGGGCCUGGAAAUAUCGUUUGGCUUACUCGAGGGAGCCAAAUGGAGGUAUCCUCUCCGGAGCAGGCACUUGUCUUAGGGCUUGCCCGCAGCGCACGCAGCGAGAACCCGGAGCUUCGUCUGGUCGUGUUGGAUAUUGGUCUUUCAUCUGAGAAUUCUCACACAGCCAGGUUCACAUCUUCCAUACUGGACUCUUCGAUUAAAGAAGACGAGAUCGCCGAACGCGAUGGCAUCCUUCAUAUACCACGCAUCGUGGCCAGUGAUGACCUCAACUCCAGGAUUCCCAACGGCGUACAUAGCGAGCCAACUAUCCAACCACUGUAUCAAAAGGACCGUCCUCUUGCACUGCGUAUUGGCCGGCCAGGGCUGCUGGAUACGCUAAUGUUCUGCGAUGACACAGAGCUGAGCAGCCCACUGCAGGACGACGAGCUAGAGAUCGAAGUCAAGGCGUCCGCGCUGAAUUUCCGAGACAUCGCAGCCAGCAUGGGCAUCAUCGACGACUUCAAGCUCGGCGAUGAAUGCGCCGGGAUCGUCCGUCGUGUUGGGUCCAAUGUCCCAGCAGGCUUUUCUGUCGGUGAUCAUGUCGUGGCCUGGCGUCCAGGACAGGGGGCUCAUCGAACCAUCCUCCGUAACCCUGCCUGUCUCUGCUACAAACUGCAAGGCCAGAUGUCCUUUGCGGUUGCGUCUUCAAUCCCCCUAGUCCUGACUACAGCCUACUACUCCCUCGUCGAUACAGCACGCCUCCAAAAAGGCGAGACCAUCCUCAUCCAUUCCGCAGCCGGAGGCGUCGGACAGAUGGCAAUCCAGAUCGCACAGAAUAUCGGAGCUACAGUGAUAGCCACCGUGGGCUCUGCAGAGAAGCGCGCGUUCCUGAUCGACACAUACGGACUCCCAGACUCACAUAUCCUGUCCUCGCGCGACGAUUCCUUCGUAGAAGGCAUCCACCGCCUCACCAACAGCAGGGGCGUCGAUGUCGUCCUCAACUCUCUUGCUGGGCCUCUGCUCCUAUCAACCUGGGCAUCCAUCGCACCCUUUGGCCGCUUCGUCGAGAUCGGGAAACGCGAUAUCCACCAAAACAGCCGUAUCCCCAUGGACCCCUUCCGCCGCAACGUCUCCUUUGCGAGCGUGGAUAUGAUCACCAUUUUCGAGCGGAAUCAGGGCCUUGGUGCACGCGUCUUCCAGGAAUCCUGCGCCCUCGUCCAUGAGGGCAAGAUCCAGCCUCCCCAGCCUAUCACCGAGCUUCCGUAUGCGGACGUCCAGCGCGCAUUCCGCAUGCUGCAGACUGGUGCGGCGAGUGGGAAGAUCGUUCUCACCCCGAGGAUCGAUGACCAGGUUCUCGUUGAACCGCCCCGGUUCCGCCGGAGGCAGCUCUUCCAUCCCGAGAGGACGUAUCUCCUUGUUGGUGGUCUGGGUGGUCUGGGCCGGCGACUCAGUGAGUGGCUGUUUCAACGCGGUGCGCGGCAUAUUGCGUUCUUGUCGCGCUCGGGGACGAGAAGAUCUGAAGCCCGUGAGACGGUGGACUGGCUAGACGCUCGAGGUGUCACGGUCAGCGUGUUCAGUGGUGACGCAACGGACGCGAGCGUGGUCAGCGAUGCUGUGGCCCGGAUCGAGGCUACAGGGAAUCGUCUGGCUGGUGUUUUCCAAGCUGCGAUGGUGCUUCAGGAUGCGCCGCUGCCUCAGAUGAGCUUUACGCAGUGGCAGCGUUGUCUGGCUCCUAAAGUCCAGGGGACUUAUAAUCUGCAUAAUGCCACAGCUGCACUGCCGCUGGACUUCUUCGUCUGCUUCUCUUCGGUGUCGGCUGUGCUUGGCUCCAAGGGUCAAGCCAAUUAUUCUGCUGCCAACAGCUACCUGGAUGCACUGUGUGCCUACCGUCGCAGCCUUGGACUGGCUGGCACGACUAUGAACGUCGGAAUGGUAGUCGGCGUCGGGGCAGUGGCCGAAGACGAGCAGCUGCAGACGGUGAUGGAGCGGAUAGGGUAUGACGCGGUGAAUGAAGAGGAGCUCUUCGCCCAGAUCGACGCGGCUGUGAGCUCCAUACAGUCUGAGAAGCUGGAGCUGGUAGACAGUCAAGGCCGAGACGCCCAUCAGAUCAUCACUGGCAUCAACCUGCGCCGGCCAACAUACUACUGGGCCAACGAGCCUCGUUUCCGCAACCUCUACGCCAACCAUGAUUUCUCUGGCUCCAGCGAGGGCAAGAGUAACAAGCUGGACAUCAUGGCUCAAUUGAGAGAAGCAGCGGACGAUGCAGCACGCAUCGAAAUCCUCACACUACGUUUCCUCGAGAAGAUUGCCGCCGUGUUGUCUGUUGACCAAGCCACGCUGCAGCCGAAUCGCAGUCUUGGAGAUUACGGGCUGGAUAGUAUCGUUGCUAUUGAAAUCCGCCAGUGGUUCUUCAAGACUGUCGGCGUGGAGCUGGCCAUGUUUGACAUCCUCAGCAGUCGCAGCAUCCAAGCCUUGAUUGAGAAGGUUGCUUCUGUGAUGGUCCUCAAGAGUGAGAUUGAGCCUACUGCAGCGGCUACAGGAGACGUGCAGAGCAAUACCAAGUCGCCUGUCAAUGGAGAGAGCAAUGCGAGCAGCAGCCUGCUUCCUGUCAUUGACAAUGCCUUGACGGAUCUGUCCGUUACUGAUACCCCCAUGUCCUCCUUCCAACGGCGCCUGUGGUUCAUGCAUAACCUCGCAGAAGACCCGUCGUUCCUCAAUUUGCCUGUGGUAUUUCGCCUUCGUGGACAGCCAAAUAAACGCCUUGUCAAGGCUGCUCUGGAGGAGCUCAAGCGUCGGAAUGAGAUCCUUCGCACUGCCUACGCCGAGGGUGAUGAGUUCUCUGAGCAGACUGUCCUAGAUGAUUGCUCCAUUGAUCUUCCUUCGGAGGACCUCUCCAUGCACGAAUGCUCUGAGACAUUGCUGGACGAGUAUGUCAAGUCCUUCAUGCAGCAGCCAUUAGACAUUGAAGAUGGCACGGUCAUGGUGGCCGCGCUGGUCAAGCUCGCUGAGGACAGACACGCCCUCGUUCUCGUCUUCCACCACAUCUGCAUCGACCGAGGGAGCAGCCAGUCUUUCCUCGAACAGUUCACAGGUAUUUACGAUGCUCUGCGGAGAGACCGAAGCCUGGUACCUGUAGCUCAGCCUGCAGUCAGCUACAGCCAAUUCAGCGUCUGGCACAACGCCCUCCUCCAGUCAUCGGAGAUGCAUCCCAGUCUCGCCUUUUGGAAAUCCGUCUACGAACAUCCACCGGCAGAAGCAAUGCAGCUUCUCCCAUUUGCAAAAGCAGCCCGACCAGAGAUCAACGACUACCAGCGCAGCGUCCACCGGACUACGCUAAAGAAGACCCUUUUGCAACGCAUGAAGCGCAUCGGUGCCAGACUGCAAGUCACACCAGCACAGUUCCUCAUGGCUGGUCUUCGGGCAUUCCUAUACAGAUACACCGAGGAGGAAGAUCUGACCAUCCACCUCGUCGAUGGAAACCGUCCUCACCCUGCUGUUAACGACACCCUUGGCUUCUUCGUCAAUGUUGUUCCUGUUCGCUGCCAGGUAGACCAUUCCGGCAGCUUCGAGGCCGUCCUUCGACAGAUAAAGGGCCUUGUCAUCUCCGCUUUGCAACAUUCAAAACUUCCCUUUGAUGCUAUUGUUGAUGCCGUUGGUGCUGCAAGAACUCCAUCCCAUUUCCCUCUUGGCCAGGUCAUCCUCAACUACCAGGUUCAUGGGACCAUGCCUGUGUACUCCGCGGGGGAUUUUGAUAUCACCGAUGUCCAGGGCGACGACAUCCCUACUGCGUGUGAGAUUGGAUUAGAGGCCCUCGAGGAUCCUAAUGAUGGCUUGAAGCUUCGUCUGGAGUACUCAAGCACCCUGUAUGGAGACGCUGACAUGGAGCGCUUCUUGGACAGCUUCGUCACUUUCCUGAGCAGCAGCAUCCACGACUAUCGUCAGCCGGUCGCAGAGGUCAACAUGGUUGGAUCGAAAGAGUUAGCCUUUUUAAAAAAGAGCAUGUUUAACCUUGACUUUGUCCCAAACACCUGGGAGAAUAUAUCCGUUUCUCAGCGCAUUCUCGCCAUCGCCCGACAGUAUCCAGAUGAGGUGGCUGUGGAGAGUUCAGGCGCCAAUGACAACCUGACAUACGAAUCCCUAGUCUCCCAGGCAUCUGAUAUAGCUCAAUGGAUUGUCAAUGCCGGGAUAAAUCCCGCGAGCAAAGUGGCAAUUCUCUCAAGACCUGGGCCGGCAGCAGUGGCUUCAAUGGUUGGGACACUAUUUGCAGGCUGUGGCUUUGUGAAUCUGGACCCUGAUUUCGCCAAAGAGCGUCUGGCCUUUAUGAUUAAUGAUUCAGGGGCUGCACUGGUCUUAACAGAGGACCGACUGGAAGACACUGCUCGAGCACUUUCGCCAUCCCCAGUGUUAGCCCUAGGCCGUAUUCCACGCUCGGAGGCGAUUGACUAUGCUGUCCCAACGAAAGCGGACUUUCCAUUCUACACCAUCUAUACCUCUGGGAGUACCGGCACACCCAAAGGCGUCGUGCUGAGCCAGUCCAACACGCAGCAGAUGCUCAGCACCCUCCACCACGACUACCACUUUGACCACAACGACCGCUUCCUGCACCACUCCUCAAUCUCAUUCGACCUAUCAAUCGUCCAGAUAUUCUCAGCCCUGACCUCAGGAGGCCGAGUGUGCGUCGCCAGUGCCGAAAUCCGCAAAGACCCGCUCGCUCUCGCAACAUACAUGCAGGCGGCUCAGGUCUCCAUCACAUACUUCACGCCCACGCAGUUCGCUCUGCUGAUUGAGAAUGCUGCGGAUGUUCUGCAAAACAUGAGGAACUACCGCAUUGCAUACUUUGCCGGCGAAAAACUGCCCGUCCGCGUAGCCAAGGCAUUCUACGAUCUUGGAACACCGGCUAGGCUUUACAAUACAUGGAGUCCUAGCGAGCUGGUAGUGCAGACGACUAUCCAGUAUGUCGAGUACCCAGAGGAUGAUACGGUAAAUAUUCCCAUUGGGUUCCCAAUGGCAAACACCCGGCAUUAUAUUCUCGAUGCCAAUGCAAGCCCACUCCCUGCCGGCGUUGUCGGCGAGAUUGUCGUCGGUGGAGCCCAGGUUGGUCUGGGAUAUAUCGACCGGCCGGAUAUCAACGAGCGGGCAUUCCUCCCUGACCCGUUCUGUCAUCAGGAAGACUAUGAGCGCGGCUGGGGAAGGAUGUUCAGGACCGGUGAUCGCGGGCGUUUCCUCCCCGACGGGCGUCUGGAGUUCCACGGACGCAUUGCCGGCGACAAGCAGGUAAAACUUCGUGGUUACCGUGUUGACCUGGGUGAAGUUGAGCAGCGGCUAUUCGUGGAAGCGAAUAGAGAUGAUUCCACAGACAAGGAAGUCCAGCUGGCUCUUGUCGACCUUGCUGUCGUUGCACGGCCAGUAGCAGUCGAAGCGCGUGAGGACACGACUGAUGACAGACAGUUGAUUGCUUUUGUCGUGCCUCGGACUCCUCCUUCGAAAGGUGAACAAGCGGCCUUUGCAUUUCGGCUGAAUCAGAUGGCCAGUCGGUAUCUGAAUGGGUAUAUGUUGCCCAGUGCAUACCAGUUCGUGGAGAAGCUGCCUACCACUAUCGGAGGGAAGGUCGACAUGCAGCGCCUGCUGAAGUGUCCCCUCACGCCUGUAUUCCCGGUGGAAGAGAAGGUUGUUUCAAGGUCUGAGGCAUCAGGACAGUCUGACGAUGCAAACGGUGCUGUUCUGAAGGUCGUCAUCCAGGGCUUUCGCCAGAUCCUCAAGCUGCCACCAACACGACCAGUUGGGCCAGACGACAGCUUCUUCGCCCUUGGAGGGCACAGUCUGCUUCUGAUGCGUCUGCAGGCUCGACUGAAACGUGCUCUAAAGAGGCCACUUGCCUUGAAUCCGAUGUUCAAAAGCCCUACCCCGGCUGGGAUCACGCACCUCAUUGUCGGGGGCUCCUCUUCGGUUACUGUUGGACAGUCAUCAGACACUCUUUCGAUUGACUGGGCUGCUGAAGCAACGCUUGACAGUGCGUUCAAGCCUUCUCCUGUCAAUAUCAAGUCCUCCGAGAUUUCCUCUGUACUUCUGACCGGCGUGGACUCCUUCAUUGGCGUGCACAUGUUGGCCACACUACUUGAGGACACCUCAAUAGACAACAUUUAUAUUCUCGGAACUCAAAGACUACUCGACGUGGCCGAUGUGUAUAAAUCUCUCGAUCACUACCGCUUGUCUGAUCUCCUCCCACCACGCGAGGACCUCGACCUCCGCAUCCAUAUCGUCCCCGGCACCCUCGUCUCCCCACAGUUCGGCCUCUCGUCCGCAGCAUUCCGUCAAUUGGCACGCAAUGUCCAGUCCAUAUACCACCUAGGUGGCUACGUCUCCCUCCUACGCCCCUACGACGACGCCCUACGCAGCGCCAACGUCGCCCCAGUCCACGAUAUCAUUCACCUGGCCAGUCUCGGCCGCACAAACACACACAUCCACCACCUGUCCACCUGGUCCGUUCCCCAUCUCCAGACAUGGUCUACCACAAUCACCACCAGAGCAGCCAUAGCAGCCGAUGAAACCAGCGCCGCCCACUAUACCCCCGAAUCCUCAGACCGCCUGGGCUACUUCAAGUCCCGCUGGGCGGCAGAGAUACUCAUGGGCCAUGCCGCAGAGCGUGGCUUUGCAGUUUCUAUAUACCGCGCCUCUGCUGCGACUGGGGACUCGCGCACGGCUGUCCCUGAACCGAGUGAUGACUUUAUCCGGACCAUGGUUGUUUCUAUGCUCCGUGCUGGGGCUAUCCCGCAGCUUCCGCUUGCUGACCGUCCGUUUGUUGUGGACUUUGUUCCGGUUGAUUAUAUCACGCGUGGGAUUCAUGCGCUGGCGAUGCGUCAUGCUAAUACGGAUUCCAGUUCUGGUGCUGGUGCUGGUGCUGCUAUUUACCAUCUCUCUAACCCCUCGCCACUCCCCAUUGCACAGCUGCCUGCUGUUACAGAGGAGAUUUUCGGGCAAAAGGGACGCAGUUUGCCGGUGGAUGAAUGGUUCGAGGAAGUGACGCGGCUGGAUACAGCGCCUGAGGCGCAGGUUCGGUGGGCGGUGCUGAAGGAGUACUUUGAUUUAGGACAUUCUAUGUUUGGGCCUGAGACUGAGAAGACGAGGAGUGUUCUUGGGAAGUUGGGGGCUGCUGGCUGUGAGGGUGUUGAUGGGAAGUACCUAAAGACGAUGCUGGAGCGUCAGGGAUAA